CUUCGUCGGAGGUGUAGGGAGUGGUGAUUUUCAUAUGGACGAGGCAGGAUGGACGGCGGAGAAAGCCUUCGUGCGUGCUCUACUUAUGCAGAAGGCAUGCGCUCUACGUAUGCAGAAAGCAUGUGCUCUGCAGAAUGAAUGCACUCAAGAAGACAUUCGCUUCUGUUUUGAGUACGCAUCUGUCGUACAGAAUAUCUGGAUUGGAGCGGAUUGGGAUGUACAACCAGAACGACCCAACUUUCUCAGAACCCUGGGCUAUGAGCUAGCGUCUGAGUGCGAACUUGCCAUGAGCCUGUUGGCUCCGGUGCUACUUGCUGCGCCGUCUCUUGCCUUCGCCUGGACAAGUCUGGACCUUCUUGCAGCCUGCCUGGAAAUUGCACGGAAGUCCCAUGUGGACACAGAUAUCAACAACGAACAUUCCCAGCCUCCCUGGAAAACCCAAACUCUGACGCUAUCUGGCGAGACGAUUUGCUACUUCCCAUGGAAGCUCCUGACAGACACUUCCCACGGAUCUGCAUUCAUUGUUUCGAUCUCUCACCUCACCUCCAACGACACGGUCGUCAACCUCCCAUGGGGGCCCCUCACAGACACUCCCCAAGGAACUGGUCUCCUUGAUUAUUAUGCUCGCAACGCCCCCAAACUCCACGACCCUUAUCUUUUCGCCUCUACUCUGAAAGACAAUUAUAAAUACUACCGCCUACCUCCAUGGAUGAAGAAAACUCCAUGGGCUUCUUUCAAGAGCCUUCAGACAAUGUCUCUGGCCUAUGCGCAUACCAGACCCGACACCGAUACAUCCGCGUUGAUCACAAGGGGAUUGCCCUUGCGCGUGCAGGUACUGAUGUUGUCUGCAUCCCUGCUGAGAGGCCCUCGCGACUGCAUUCCCUUGGAAAUAGGGGGGCUCAAUGAAACAGGUACUAGAAAGGAGUGUGUUGUGUCGGAUGAUAUUCGUUUCAAGGUGUCCCUUCCUCGCUUAUACUUUAGGUAUGCUCGUGAAGAUUGGUACAAGGUUUGGGCGUGCGGGUUUGGGCCGUUAUAG